AUGAAGUUUGGAAAUUGGAAAAGAUUCAAAGAAGGAUUAAAGAAAUUAGCAGCUGCAUUAGCAGUUGGUGCUAAAUUAGGUGGGAAUAUGAUAGAAAAAGCAAAACCAUUAAUAGAUACUGCUGUUGAUUUUAUUCCAGGUGGAAAUAUUAUUAAAAAAGGAACAGAAAUAAUGAAUAAAUUAGCAGAACCUACAAGUGAAGCAUUAAAUAGAAUAGCAUCAGGUGAAAAUGUUAUUGGAGCAACUAAAAGAUAUUUAAAUCAAGUUAAAAAUGAAAUACCAAAUGAUAUUACUAAAACAGCAAGUAAAAUAAUAAAUCAAGUACCUGAUCAUAUUUCAUUAAAAACUAAAGGAAGAACAGGAGCAUCAUCUAAAUCUGCUUUAUUUGCUAAAAGACUCAACGGUGAUGAAAAUGAAAUGAAUAAUGAAGAAGAUAAUGAAGAUUAUGAUAUUGAAGAUUAUCUAUAA